AUGAGAGUGACUGUCUUCCGUGGUCAUGAGCGAAGCGUGGAGUGUGUAGAUGUUAAUCCUGAGUGCACUCGUCUGGUCUCUGGUGCAUUUGACUCGAAUAUCAAAGUUUGGAAUCUCGAAAAGGGCGAUGAGUCAACAGUUUUCGAAAAAGAUGCAAAUAACGAUAACAGGCCGAAGAAACGGAAAGAAAAUUUCAUCACGAAGGUUCCAAUGGUAACGUUAGCUGGCCACAAAGAUGCCGUAGUAGGAUUAAAGUGGUGCUCCUAUAAUAACAGUCAAGUGAUAUCUGCUUCGUGGGAUCACAGCAUUGCUGUAUGGGAUCUGCAAUUGGCUGGCGAAGUGUCGCGAAUUCGUGGAUUGAAGGCCUUCACGAGCAUAGAUGUGAAUCGUAAAACAGGUUUAGUCAUCAGUAGUAGCACGGACGCUGUUCCACGACUAUAUGAUCCUCGAAGUCAUGAUGGCUCUCUCGUCAAGCAGUCUUUUAUUGGUCACACGGGUUGGGUGUCGUGCGUAAGGUGGAAUCCCUGCGAUGAAAAGUGUUUUGUGAGCUCAUCAUUUGACAAGUCUGUGAAGAUGUGGGAUAUACGAUCGUCGAAAACGUCAUUGUUUGAUUUACACGGCCACGAUGAUCGUGUGUUAUGUUGUGCGUGGGGUGAAAAUAGCUUCAUCGCAAGUGGAUCAGCUGAUGCCACUGUGAAAGUAUUUUCUACGGCGUAG